GCGCGUCUAUCGGUAAAUCCUCGGUGUUUCACUCAUGGGGCUGACAGUCAGAUUCCUCACACGCGGCGGUUUAUUUUCCCAAUCUCAUGAAUCUAGGGAAAGGACUCUGCCCACUCCGUCUGUCUUCAGAAAUGAAAACCUCGACUUUCCAAUCAUAGCGGAUGUCCCGCAGGUGAUCACAGACUGGAGAAUUUCUGUCAGACUAUCUCUCUCUCUCCCUCACUCAUUCUCACCCCCUCUCUCUCUCUCUCUCUCUCUCUCGCGCGCGCGCUCUCUCCCUCGUUUCUUCUUCCAGAUAUCCAAGAAAGCGAGUGAGUCGAUACAAUCUUGUUUAGCAGAAAAGCCCCUUCUCCCAGUGGAAGUUCUUGGUAAUGUACAUAAAAGUGGAGCUUUUCGUUGUUUGGGGUAACUUUUCUUUAGUUGGACAACCAUUUCGCUGAAGUCUCCCACCCUAUGACUUGCCAAGAGGCGUCGGACGAUGUGAACUCGAUGCGGACUGACCGGGGUCCCCGGCGAGCGUCGAGGGCGUCGGAAAGCGACCAGGACCGCGUUUCGGCAGCCAUGGCUGAUCUUCGGCGGGCAGGGUGGUACUGGGGAGCUCUUAAUGCAAAUGAAGCAAACGAGAAGUUAAAGGAAGCUGCUGAAGGAACAUUUCUGGUGAGGGAUAGUUCACAUCGUGAUUAUUUUCUCACCAUCUCUGUAAAAACUGUUUGGGGACCAACCAACCUGAGAAUUGAGUACCAAGAUGGCAAAUUCAGACUGGACUCAGUGAUUCUUGCAAAACCAAAACUGCAGCAGUUUGACAGUGUGGUCCACUUGGUGGAGUACUAUGUGAUCUUAUGUCAGAUGAUACAGAAUGCCCAGCAUCUGGCACCACAGAACAGAAGCGUCCAGCUGCAGCUGACCAAACCGCUGUAUAACGAGACUCCCACUCUGCAACACUUCUGCCGAAUUAAUAUCCAUAAAGCAACCAAAAGGAUUCACGAACUUCCUUUACCAACCAAACUGAAGAAGUACUUGUUGGAAUACAAGUAUCAGGUUUAAUUUUUUUUUUAUUUAAUGGAAAAGUAAGUCUAGGAGAGAACUUAUGUUCAAAGUGCCUUUCCCAUCAGGAACUUUGCCCAAGUCUCCUCUGUUUGUGCUGUAAGUCUGUUGGAGUCAUCUACUGUAUCCAGGGCUCCUGGAGCUGCCUUCUCUACAUCAGUGAGAUGCGACACAGAUAGAGGGACCACUUUGUUGAGCACCUUUGCUCCAUCUACAACAAAAUGUAGAUUUUCCCACUGGCUACCCAUUUCAAUUCUACUUCCUAGUCCCAUUCUGACAUGUCAGUCCACGGCCUCCUCCACUGCCACAGUGAGACCACUCUCAGGUUGGAGGAGCAACACCUCAUAGUUCGAUUGGGUUGUCUCCAACCUGACCGCAUGAAUAAUGGAUUUCUCUAACUAUGGGUAAUUUCUCCCUUCUCCCCCUUCUCUCUUUUACCAUUCCCCCCCUUCCUUCUUCUCUUCUCCUCGCAUGCCCAUCAUCUCCCUUUGAUGUCUUUCCUCCUUCCCAUGGUUCACUCUCCUCUCCUAUCAGAUCCCAUCCUCUUCAGCCCUCACCUCUUCCACUUAUCAACUCUCAGCUUCUCACUUCAUCCCCCCCUCCCUCACCCACUCACCUUCCCGGCUCCCCUGGUCUCACCUAUCCUGCUAUCCUGGUCUCACCUAUCCUGCUCCCCUGGUCUCACCCUUCCCUGCUCCCCUGGUCUCACCUAUCCUGCUCCCCUGGUCUCACCUUCCCUGCUCCCCUGGUCUCACCUAUCCUGCUCCCCUGGUCUCACCUAUCCUGCUCCC